AUGGAUGUAUGUGGCCUAAUUUCCUGGAUCUGUAUAGUGUAUGUCACAUUUGGUCUGCUGCACAGUCUUUUUAACAUCGUUUAUCCAUUUUUCUUGGCCAAGCCGCGUGAUCUUCAUAAACUUGCUGGUGGCAAAUGGGCAGUCGUUACCGGUGCAACAGAUGGUAUUGGUAAAGGAUAUGCAUUUGAACUUGCAAGAAGCGGCUUCUCAAUAUUACUUAUUUCUCGAACACAGUCCAGGCUCGAUGAGGUCAAAAAUGAAAUUGAGCAGAAGACCGGUGUUCAGGUACGCACAAUUGUUUUUGAUUUUUCAAAUCCGGAUCUCGAAAAUUAUGAGCUAAAUAAUGUUGGAUGUGCCUUUGAAUAUCCGGAUCUGUACCACAAGGUUGAUGGCGGUAUUGCUUUAUUCAGACAUAUCAGCAUUAUCAAUAUCAUUCCUGUUACUCUGGUAGGUUUCAUAUGUUUGCCACUAGUCGCAAUUAUGCUUGCGUCAGUACUAUUUCGUUCUUCCAAAAACUAA